AUGGCUCCUCAGCUGUAUACACAUGCUUUCAAUAUCUCUCCAGCAGAAAGUAGGAGAUUGUGUAUAAAUGGAACACCAUGGAUUUGGCAUCUCCUAGAAGAAUGUGUCGAGAACGCGUGGGAGUGUUGGAGCGUUGUCAUAGGACUGAUUGCCAUUGUCUGUUUUCUGUUUGCUGCACUACCUCAAAUUGAUGUCGCCUGCUGGAGUGGAAAAGUGGAUCAAGCGCUCUCUUUGGGCUUUCUGCUGGGUUGGAUAGCUGAAGAUCUAACAGAUUGUGUAGGCUGCUAUUUAACAAACCAGCUGCCAGUUCAGGUUGCCACUGCUAUCUUUUAUGUUAAUAUGGAUGCAAUUAUGAUUUCACAGUUUGUCUACUAUAAGCUCAAGAACCAGAAGAUGAUGAAAUGCAGCACAAGCCUGAAGAAUUUCUGUAUAACUUGGAUUUUGGUGUGCAUAACACUGUAUGUUAUUUUACUCAAUCAAUUGCUACUAAGAAACCAAGACCAGAGUAUAGUAUCAGAAAAAAAUCAGAAAACUCUCAAUUUGACAGAAAUGUCAGGCUUCAUUUGUAAUUCUUAUGUGUUUUACUUGAGAAGCAGAUUUCCUCAGCUGUACAAAAAUUUGCAAAGAAGAUCAACAGAAGGCACCUCUUACCUGCUGUUUGUAUUAGCUAUGAUGGGAAACCGCACUCAGGGACUCAGCCUUGUUUUAAAGAUGCCUGCUACUGAAUCUUUCUGGGCCCUCUACUUUUUACAUCAUCUUCCCUGGCUAAUGGGCAGCUUUCGAGUUUUCUUUCUAGACAUUUUUAUGACUUUGCAAUUCAUUAGGUAUCAUACGCACAGCAAAAGACAAUCCAGUUUAGUCGCACUGGAAGCGGAACCGUGA